GCCACCUUAGUUUGUGACGAGCUAGCAUUGCUCACACAUGCGCACAAGAAGCCUCACGUUUGAAGAGAAGGAGCUCAACAGCUAAUAGCACUGACACAAAAUGGAGACCCCGCAGGAUGUGCAACCACCAAGGCAGCAGCCUAUGUUUUAUAUCUGUGGAGAGUGCCACACGGAAAACGAAAUCAAGGCCCGUGAUCCAAUCCGAUGCAGAGAUUGCGGCUACAGGAUCAUGUACAAGAAGAGGACAAAUAGAUUGGUUGUUUUUGAUGCCCGGUGAAGCGGAUCCUUUAUUUUCUUUUGUGUCCUUUUGUCUUAUCAUGUGAAUAAACGUGGCAACUUGAUGAGUGA